AUUACACUGCCCGUCCCCUUAUAAGAAAGGCAAAUGUGUCUACAAUGAUUCAUGCUAACUCCGAGAAACGCGUGGGGUAACAUCUCUGGAAGAAUGGUGUUUUUCUGGAGAUCGUUUUAAUCUCCAUAAUGUCAUUGGACCCUGUUUGUUUAAGCUGUGCGCCUUUCCUUUAGAAGUCCUAACCCAACCAAGAAACCAAGGCUAUCAUUUAUUCAGAAUUAUUUGACAUUGUCAAGUUUCACAACAAGGAUUUACAGUUAUCUUUAAGACACUUAUAAUGGCAGACGAAAUCCAACUCUCUGAAUGCAAUGGAGAUAGACAUCCUGAAAUACCACAGAUAACCAAUAUUAUAGAUGAAAUGGAUACAUUUACAGUAUGCGAAAAGCGUGAGAUAAAUCCAGUCGUUUCAAGUGAACAUAAAGAGGGAUCUGGUAUCUGUUUAGAAGACAAGAUUGAUUCUUUGGAAAUCAAGGAAAACACUGAAGAAGAACAUCAGGCAGAACAACAUACAGUUCCUGCACAAGAUUCUGGAAUGUUAACAAGCCAUAAUACCCACUCCGAGGAGCACAACAAUGGAGAAGAUUUUCAAACCACAUUAGAGGUGGAAGGUAACAAUGCCCCAGCACAUGACUCUCCUAAUCUGGAAGAAAUAAACAAACCAGAAGAAGACCAAGAAGAAAGCAAAGCCGAAGCAGAAGAUCUAUUAAUGUUCGAGCCGACCAGAACCCUUUCUGAAACCAGGGAAGAAGAGAUGCUGACUGAGACAGAGGAAGAAAACACAUCCAUUGAAACUGACAAUGAUAACGGACAUGGGUCAUAUGAUGAUGAAGAAGAUAAUAGCCCUGGACCAAUGUUCUCGCUCAGUCCAAGUGGCAGCCAUCUUGAAUCCUACUCAGAUCAGCAAGUACAUGGAAACCACCCCGACAUCUCCAAGAACAGUAAUUCCAGAUACGACACCGUCUCAUAUCGGAAGAUCCGCAGAGGAAACACAAAACAGAGGAUAGAUGAAUUUGAAUCUAUGAUGAAUUAACAAUUGCCAAAGCUGCUUUGAUUACUUCCUGUUUAUGUAUGCAAUGUGUUGACUAAUCAUUUCCUCUAUGAUUUCCUCUGUAUAAAGAAAGCAGAAUAACCCACUUUCCAGUAGUUAGCAUCAAGUAACAUCUUAACAAAGAAUUUUUGGUAUACAUUACUAUGUCCUAUUUAAAAAGAUAAUUGCAUGGAAAUUAUAUAUUCUGAGGUUAAAGUUCCCAUAGCUAGAAUUUUUUUUUUUUUUUUAAAACAUGUAUAAAUUAUAAAUGAAAUAAUACACUUGUAUUCCCACUCUUAUCUGGUACUUCAUGUAAAAAGGGGUAUAGAAAUAUAUGAAUACGGACAUUGUUUAGCACAGAACUAGUCAAAAAUAAAUACAUAGAAUAAAAUGAUGUAAUGUAAACUUUUAA